AUGCCUACCUGCCCUGACGGUUUGCCCUAUCACGCUUCGACUGGCGGAGCCGCUGUUGUGGGUGACGGCAAGUCCACCAUCACCUAUUACCCAAUGGGGGCCAAGGUUAGCCACCUUGCAUCACAUACCACCUGCAGUAUCUACCUUCCUAUCACAAACCCACCGAGCAAGACCGCCAAAUUGAUGAGGGUCCAAGUCGAGUGUGAAGGAGAACAUGGUGGCAAGAUCACCGAGGCCUGCAUUUUUUUCGGCCACCACCAUGUCCUCACCACGAAUAUGAACGUCCAUUCGGACUUCGAAAUAUUUCCUGGAGUAGGGGCCCGCCUCCCCAACUCACAGCCAUUCGGUACCAACGUCACGUUCAAGCUCAGCUUGCCCAAUCACAACUCGUUUGUCAAUAUAAUGUCUAUGGCUCUGGGAUUCGGCGACGAGCACCACCCAGACUAUAGUCAGCAUAUCCCGAGCGAAACACAGGUGGUGGUCUCCGAAUAG